AUGGUGUUGGCAGAUUUGGGAAGAAAAUUGACAACGGCCCUUCGUUCGUUGGGAAAUUCGCCAGUAAUUAACGAAGAUGUUCUUAAAAAAUGCUUGAUGGAUGUUCAAAGAGCCCUUUUAGAGGCCGAUGUGAACAUCAAGCUCGUUAAACAACUCACCGAUGGCGUCAAAAAGCAAAUCGACCUGGACAACAUCGGUACCGGCCUCAACAAGCGUCGAGUAAUUCAAACAGCUGUUUACAAAGAAUUGUGCAGAAUUUGCGACCCCGGCGUAAAACCAUGGAAACCGACGAAGGGACGAUCGAGCGUCAUUAUGUUCGUCGGUCUCCAAGGUUCCGGUAAAACGACGUCCUGUAUCAAAUUGGCGUAUCAUUAUCAGAAAAAGGGAUGGAAGACGGCCGUCGUCUGUGCUGAUACUUUCCGAGCUGGUGCGUACGAUCAAGUCAAGCAAAACUGUACGAAGGCUAGAAUUCCGUUCUACGGUUCUCUUACUGAACCAGAUCCAGCGGCUAUCGCCUACGAUGGCGUGGAAAUCUUCAAGAAAGAAAAGUUCGACAUCAUCAUCGUCGAUACAUCUGGUAGACACAAACAGGAAGAUUCGCUAUUCGAAGAGAUGUUGCAAGUCAAUAAUGCUGUGGAACCGGAUAACAUUAUUUUUGUGAUGGACGCUUCUAUCGGUCAAGCUUGCGAGUCUCAGGCGAAAGCGUUUAAAGAUCAGGUCGAUGUCGGAUCCGUCAUCAUCACCAAGUUGGAUUCCCAUGCAAAGGGUGGUGGAGCACUUUCAGCCAUUGCCGCUACUCAGUCUCCGAUCGUCUUUAUCGGUACAGGAGAACACAUCGAUGAGCUGGAACCUUUCGAAACCACGAAAUUCAUCAGAAAACUCUUGAACAUGGGCGAUAUAGAAGGACUCAUCGACAAGGUGAAUCAACUGAAGUUGGAAGACAAUGAGGACUUGAAGAAAAAUCUUCAAAAAGGACGAUUUACUCUUCGAGACAUGUACGAGCAGUUCCAGAAUAUUUUGAAAAUGGGCCCGUUCAAUCAAAUUAUGGGAAUGAUUCCUGGAUUCAACGACUUUAUGAAUAAAGGACACGAGCAAGAAUCGACGAAGCGCUUGAGAAAACUCAUGUGCAUCAUGGAUUCCAUGUCCGAGGAAGAACUCGAUAGUCCCGAAGGACAUAAAUUGUUUAAAAAUAAUGACGAUGGAUCGAGAAGAUUAAGAAGAGUAGCCAGAGGAUCGGGAUCAUCGCCGAAAGAGGUUUUUGAGCUGAUUGAUCAGUACCAGAAGUUUGCCCAAAUGGUCAAGAAAAUGGGAGGAAUGGGCUUGUUCAAGAACGGUGAUCUUUCAAAGAAUAUGAAUAUGCAGCAAAUGAAUCAGAUUAAUGGACACAUGGCAAAAAUGAUGGACCCACGGGUUCUCCAACAAAUGGGUGGAAUGGAUGGACUCAAAAAGAUGAUGCAGCAAUUUAAUCAAAGUGAUGGAAGUGGAAGACCCGGCCGCGGCGGAAUGGGCGGUCUUGGCGCAUUAGGCGGACUUAACUUCAAAUAA